UAUUAUAGUAAUGAACUUCAAAGCGAAUCUUUCAGUUACUACUUUCAAUGUAUUGGCACCGUGUUACCGCAAAAUAGACGUAUCAGAAAGUUCAGCACAAUACCAAAAUAGGAGACAGCCUCCUGAAAGAACUGUUUGCGUUGCUGAAAACUACAGUUGUAAAGAUGGAGAGUGCCUCACGUCUUCUCCAAAAGUCACAAAGUUAGCACUUACAAGUGGCGAUAAGCAGAGCGACCGCUCUCUGGUGUCGUUAAGCACCUGGAAGAAAUGGGCCCAGGCUUUUUUUGAAAGUAUACAGAAUUUCCAAGGAAGCACUGGUUGUAAGACUUUGGAGUCUCAAAUAAAGGAGUCUUGGAAAACAAGGGCACGGAACCUUGUAACCUUCCUCAAAGAGCAGUUGGAAGCAGAUGUCAUUUGCUUGCAAGAAUACUGGUGUACACAACCAGAAUGGUGCAGUAUUUUUGAGAAUUACUUUUCGAGUGAGUAUGAAUUUUACACAGCCAAGAGGUCUGGGGAUAAGGCAGACGGACUGGUUACCAUGGUGCGAAGGAAUAGUGAUUGGAAGGUUGUAGAUACGGAAAGAUAUUAUUUUCGUGACUGUGGGGAACGCUUGUUAUUGGCAACUGUUCUUCGUCUAAACCCCAUUGAGAGUGACUUGCAACAACUGAAAGAGGAUCCCUUUGACUGUCUAGUUAUCAACACUCAUCUUUCCUUUCCGCACGGAAAUUGGGGUAAAAGUUUACGUUUAACUGAAGUGAAGAAAUUGUUGGAAUUUAUUGACUCGUAUUUGGAACUCCAUCCAGGAAGAGUGAAAGCCAUUGUUGUGAUGGGAGACUUCAAUUCUUCUUUGGAGGACCCAGUUUGUCAACAGGUUGCCAGUCGUGGCUUUGCAAAUAGCUAUUAUUUUAUUCAUGGCAAUGAAAAUCUCGUUACACAUUGCAACCAUAAAGGGCAGAGUUUAGCGGUAGACAAAGUGUACUUCAAAUUGGUGGCUUCUUCUAAAAAUGUAGCUGAAUGUAUGUUGACUAAAAAGAACCCUCAAAAUGGUUCAUCAGAAAUGCCAUAUCUUACUUCAUCACUGACUGAAGGUACCAAAAUUCGAAUGGUUCCUAUUGAAGCAACUGUUUUUCCGCCAAGUUUGGGAGUCGAACAAUGGCCAACAGUUUCUGAGUAUAAUUUAUCGGAUCACAGACCAGUUAAAGUUAAAUUUGAAAUUCAGUUUCAGGAUAUCUAAAAUUGUGAGACAUUGAGUUACAUUUCGGGUUUCCUGACGCGAAUAGGGUUCAUGCAGUAGGGACAUUCUCCAAAGUAAACAUCAAAACUUUGGUGAGCAUCAGGAAGGGAACGUAACCAUUCAUAUAAACAAGUAGUGUGAUAAUAUUUACCACAAUUUUCCAUUUCACAUGCGAUAUCAGGUGCUCCAAUACUACUCAGCCAACCGGAAUAACAAAUGCCGCAUUCCAAUUGACAACUUUCCUUCUCUUCCUUUGUAUUGGGUUUUGAUGGAAAGGUUAUAUUCAUUAGUUUCUCAAAAUUUUGUCGUGGAUAAAACUGAUUGCUCCAUUUUUCUAAGUUUUCCCCGAGUCGAGCUCUUAACAAGGCUGUAUUCUUUUCUGGGCCUAGAAAACGAAGGUUAGGGAUACCACGUGGACACUGAGGAG